ACAAAUUGGGCAGCGGCCCCUAUAGGACGAUCAUUCACUGCCAUCCAGUUGCGCACGACUUGGUGACAUCAAUGGGGACGAGGGAUCCUGAAAAAUGACUACAGCGUUGGUGUGACGACAGUGACGGCAAGUAUAAAUGCUGAGACGGCAAGUUAUCUGCUCAUACCUCUAGACUUGGCCUUUACGGGUCACCAACCGCUGCGAGAGGCUGAGAGCAACUAUCAUCACUGUCGGCGGUGCGCUCAACGGGGAAGAGAGAAUUUGGAUACUUCUCAGACUAACAACUAAACUACCAUGAAGUCGACAUGUCUGCUCAUCUUGGCUUCUGUCAUGGUCUGCAUCUUGACGGUGUCCAGAGGACAGGGUAUCCCUGCUGAGGAUGAGACGGACCGAAGGACCAUAGACGACAUCAUACUACAGAGAGCAGAGAGUCUCCUGUUACGGUCCAUUCUCAAAAAGAUUCAGGAUGAAGACGGCAGAAAUGAUGGAUUUUCUUCUCAGCCAGAAUGGGUGACAAAACGACAGCAUCCCGGUAAGAGGUACAGCGAGGAUUUGGAGAAGCGGCAGCAUCCGGGGAGGAGAGAAGAGGACGAGGAUGAACAGUACUUGGAUGUUCAAAGGAGACAGCACCCAGGCAAACGCGAAGAUGAAAUGGACUCGUUCAUGGAGCUCCAGAAAAGGCAGCACCCGGGAAAGCGCACCACGACGGGACACAUUUCUGAAAACCCUGUAGUACUGCUGAGUGAACUUUCAAAACGACAGCACCCAGGCAAGCGCUACCUGGUGCUGCACAGCAAACGUCAGCACCCAGGUAAGCGCUAUCAAGAGGAUGAGGAUGGCGAUGGGGACUGGGAUGCGGAUGAAGAAGAAGACCUCUCAGAGUUGGAAAAGCGCCAGCACCCCGGGAAACGGUUUUGGGAUAACUCGAGUCCGGAUUUAGGCACUACCAGUCCGUGUGAUGUAUUGGACCCUACGAGCUGCAGCAAGACCAAUCUGCUGCUCGACUUUUUAGACAACAUUAACAAGAGUCAUGCCGAGGAGAAGAGACAACACCCGGGUAAAAGGUUUGCAUCUGAAGAUGAUUUAGUGGAAGGAGAGUAGAUUAAACAAAAGAAGCUCUGGUGUGCGUGUACUGCUGUAUUGUAAACAAAUAAAUGUGUAAAUUAACUGACCAUAAUGAAUUAUUAAAAAUGGAAAAAAUAAUGUACAUCAUUUAACCUUUUGUGCCACAGUUUUUCUUUGGCAGACAGUCACUGUAUCAUACUGACAAAAAAAUAUAUAUCUGCUGUUUGUUUCUUUGGAGAGCUUGUGUGUAAUUGUCCUCUAAACUUAUUUGGACUGUAAAUACGGUUUUCAUAAGAGUGGGUACCCUGUGCUGAUAUAUUAUUAUUAUUAUCAUUAAAGAAUUCUUAUUCCAGUAAUCACUAUUUAUUUAGUU